ACUGAAACACCUAUGGUUCAAGCUUUUAAGCUACUAGAAGAGUCUUAUUCUUCUCAAAAAUGGACCAUUUUUUCCAAGAAUUCUCUGGGUAUCAUGGAACAUUGGUUAAACCUUACUACUGGCUUUAUCAGAAUCAGGGUUGUUCAAAAUGCCCAUAUCACAUAAAGACAGGAGAGGAAUCCAGGGUUACCUAUGGAGAAUUUUAUGAAACAUUUGGAUUUCCUUAUGGGCCAACAAUGCCAGAAAACAAGCAAUUAAUAUUUUAUGAAAUUAAGGACUUUUCUGGAGCAGUCUUACAAAGAGGUCAAGUUACAAACUGUGUUAGUGCCAAUAUUCAUGCGGAAUCCAUCUUGUUUGAGGAACAGGGUUACCUAGACACCUUUCUCUACCAUCAUGAUUAUUACAUUGGCUAUAUAACCCUUUAUUCAAACUACACACCUUGCAAUGAGUAUGCCCAUUAUUGUAUCAGCAAAAUGGAUAAUUUCAUAGCCAAAUACCCACAGAUACGCCUGGACAUCUAUUUUUCACAGUUGUAUCAUACCGAAGCAUCCUAUCCCACAGCUCUUUGGAAUCGUGAGGCUUUAAGAAGUCUUGCAGGCCACUGGCCUAGAGUGACCUUGAAUCCCUUAAGUAAUGGGAUUUGGAAAAACGUUCUUUACACUUUUGUGAAAGAAGUUCCAGAAACAACAAUGUAUCAACCCAUUCUUCCUGCCCGGUCAUCUACUGACAGUCACAAUGCAUAUAUGAUACAAGUUAUCACAGGUAUCAAGCCUUAUUUUGUGGAUGUUCCACCGCAGCCUAAACCCAUUAUAAUUAAUCAACGUCAGGAACGCCCGAAAGCCAACUACAAUCCAAAUCCUCAGCCUCAAACCAACAGUUAUCAAUAUCCACCAUAUUUUGCACCCGGUAUGCAGCUUGUGCCCUUACCCGGCCCAGUAUCCCAUGCUCAGAAUGAAGUUACAUCUAAACCUAAGAAUAUUGUUCGCCAUUUAAAAAUGCCUAUGGAUAAGUAUGAUGACGUUGAUUUAGGUACCUUUUUACCCAACGCUAAAAAAAUUAAUGAAGUUGUGAUUACAGAAAAAGUCGUGAAAGAAAAGGAUAAGGAAAAUGUAGGCAACAGAAAGAAGAGGAGGAAAAAUGGACCUUAA